AUGAUUCCCUUCCAGAAGGGACUCGCCGCGCACGCGUCGACUUUUGCGAUCGCUCCGCGCCCACGGCCUAUUACCCCGGUGCGAUUGCCGCUGCGCCGGGUGCGCCAGCCACGACGACACAAUUCUGCUCAGGCCUCGAAGCCUGAGAUUCCCCAAAGGAAAGCUGUGGAGGACGCGACACCUCUGAAUACACAUGGAAACCCGGCUUCCAACCCAUCGUCGUCGCCGUCAUCCGCUCCCUCACCGUCUUCCCCCCAGCCGAAUACCGCUGCUGCCGCCGCAGGUGUAGCGGCCGCGCCGAGUCCUACAGUGACUUUGACAAGAUCCCGGCGCAUGGGUGAAAUAAUAAAGGCUGGACCGGUUGGGAGGCUUGGAAGGCGGUACGCUCGUGCGCAGAAGGAACGGCCAUAUCGGACGCAGUUGUGGAGUUCAAUUGUUAUCUAUCUGUGCGGUGACUUGAGCGCGCAGCUGUUUUUCCCUCCAGAUCAACCUGCGCCGGCAAAUGACAAUCGGGAUGAGUCCAAGACACCUGCGGAGUUGAAGGACGGGGAUGACAAUAAGCCGGGCUUUGGGAGUAGUUAUGAUCCGUGGAGAACAGUCCGGCACCUGAUCGUGGGCGCAGGUUCCAGUAUUCCGUCAUAUAACUGGUUCUGGUUCCUCCACAAUAACUUCAACUUCUCGUCCAAGUUGCUCUCAAUCUUGACUAAGGUUUCCGUGCAACAGAUAGUCUUCACUCCCGUUUUCAAUACCUACUUCUUCAGUGUGCACUCCCUCCUCGCAGGCGCCACCUUUGAAGAAACCUGGGAGCGCUUGAAGAAGGCCCUUCCUGUAAGUAUUUCCAACAGCGUCAAACUUUGGCCGGCUGUUACGGCAUUCAGCUUCAUGUACGUGCCGCCAGAGUACCGCAAUGUCUUCUCCGGAGUCAUUGCCGUUGGGUGGCAAACGUACUUGAGUUGGCUGAACCAAAAGGCUGCGCGUGAAGUGCAGGAAGCUGAAGCUGCGAUUGAAGCCGCCACAUCAUCUGCGAGGGCUGAGAAUUUGAUUCCUGCCGGGCAGGCCGCAUAA